AGAAUGUUCCUUGUUUUUAGGAAGUCUAUUUUUAAUAUUGUUUUAGAUUUUUGGACCUGAACACAAGUCUUCUUUUUCUUUUCAUUUGUUAAACCUCCAGGAAAAAACAAAGGCACUAACAUGUCUGAAGCAACGUAAAAAAAGCCCAAGAUUUCAGCAUCUCGGCGGUUAUUUUUAAAGACCAAAAUACUGAAGAAGGCCAGCACACUGCUGGCGGAGGAGAAGGAACAGAAAAAGAUUGAGCGAGAGCAAACGCUCAGUGAGAGAGCUCCUCCUAUCAAACUGUCUGGAAUGUCCAUACAGGACCUACAGAAUCUGUGCAAAGACCUUCAUCAAAAGAUUGAUGUUGUUGAUGAGGAACGAUAUGACAUUGAAUCUAAAGUUGGCAAACAUGAUAAGGAGAUUGCAGAAUUAAACCACAAAAUCUUUGAGCUGAAGGGUAAAAUGAAGAGACCUGCCCUGAAGAGAGUGAGGGUGUCUGCGGAUGCCAUGCUGGGGGCUCUGCUAGGUGCCAGACACAAGGAAUCCAUCGACUUUAAAGCUAACCUCAAGACUGUGAAGAAGGAGGAGGAAAAGAAAGAGGAAGUGACCGACUGGCGUAAAAAUGUGGAUGCCAUGUCAGGCAUGGAGGGCAGGAAGAAGCUGUUUGCGGGACCAACUUCUUAAUAAUUUAUUUAUCAUUAAUUAUUUCACAUAUUAAAUCCAAUGUGAAGUAAAGGCUAUUUAAACACCAACAUUUAACUGCUAUUUAAUUGUGGUUUUGUGUUUGUUUUAUUCCACAAACAGCUGGAUGAAUUAAAAAAACAAGAGAAAGAAA